AUGAGGAAAACUGCGGAGUUCAUGGUCUCGUUGAUUUGCAUUAUUUCGCAAGGUUAGUGUGAUCGAUGAAUCCUAUACAGCAUUUGUAUACUUUACAUUCAAUUUAAAACUGACCACCAACUUGGGGCUUAUGUAUGGAUCAUAGUAUAUCAAGAUAUGAUGGUCUGGAAACUAAACAAAGUUAUUGUAUUAUGUUUUAUUAUGUAUUAUGUCUGAGUUUACGUUAAUUUGUGUACAGUCACGGUCAUUGAGCUCAUUGACAGACAUUGUAUUUUCGUAUUAAGUAACCGUCCAAUAGGGAUAGCUGCGAUGAAACGUGCAACCACAAUGAAUAAUAUUUAAUGAGUUGAAACAAAAGAAUUGUGCAUGGUGAGGUACAGUUCAACAUCAAACAAAGAUCUCAGUUCUAUUUUGUAGCUUUGAAGUUUGCCGGGCUUCCAGACCAUCAUAUCUUGACAGACUAUGGAAUGGUAUCGAUGCAGGCUAGUUUAAGGGCCGAUUUAAACUGCACAACUUUUGCCUUUCGCAUGCAACCUGUUUACAACGUCUACGAAAAGGUAGCCUACUAAGCCUAGUUGCAUGCUUGAUUUACACAGUACAAGGCAAGUUGUGAGCAGGUUGCAUGCGCCAGUUUAGGCAAAAGUUGUGCAGUAGAAAUCGACCUUUAGAUCCAGUAUGCGAGUAUAAGGAUCAUAUCGAUAAAGUUACUAAAAUUCGUUAAAUUAUUCGUAUUUGGGCUGCUCGCGGUUACUUUGAAUAUUCUCAGUUGAAGGGAGACGCUGCAUGUGUAAAGCUUUCAAAGUCAUAGGGCUAAUUAAAUCUAAAUUUAUCGCACAGUAUACUAAAAAACCUAGCGGUAAACGUGCGCGCGCACCGACUUUCCAUGCUGCAGAAUGUAACUGAACAAGGGAUAUUUCUACAUAUAAUCAGCUCUUUCUUCUAUGUUUUAUUUAUUUAUCUAUUUGAGCUUUGAUGCGGGAUGAUUCACUCCUGUGACGCAUGCUCUUAAAAAGUAGUCUGAUUUAAAGAAUCAUUUAAGAUUCGUGACCGAUUAUAACAAUAUAAUAAAUGUAAAACACAUUGCCUAUAUAGUAUUGCGCAUGUGUCAACAUAUGGUACAUUGUUUGCAGACAUCGUCACAUCGACCUUUUUAGCAAUAUUCAAUAAUAUCUUUAUGAUUUCGAAUCAAUUUUGUACUUCGAAUAUACAUACAAUUGCAAUCCAUUUGAGAAGAAAUUCAAUGCUAGACAGAGCCUAAAAACAUCAGUUCUGUCGCUGACGUGAUUUUAAUUUGUGUGUGGUUCCUUGUUCUAGUAGAUUUAAUCAAAUCAUUAUUGUUGUUUAUUCUUCUCGUAUCGCCGGAAUGUAAAUUACGUUAUUUGCAAAUAAUGUUCUGGAAAAUUAGCUUACUAUUUAUACUUUAGCUUAUUCACAAGUCGCUUUAAUUUUCUUUGAUAACUUUUCCAAAAGACACUAGACAAUGCAAUUUUACUUUUUUUUCCGCUUGGCACUUGAGAUGACAGAAUAAUAAAGGUCAAUAUUUUUAUACAAAAAUUCCCAAGUAUUUUGAGUCAGAAACUUGACCAACAUGCAUGUGGGACUCAAAAUUCUGAAUAAACAUACUCAGAUUUAAUUGUGAGCAAAUUUACUCAAUCUUUCGAAUAAUUGUUUGAAAUUUCCUCCAAUUCUCCACUGCGCAUCCAAAUGACGCGUUCUGCGACGGGAAAGAUUGUCAGUUGAAAUGUGACAACUUUUAAAAUAUUCAAAUGAUGAAUGAACGAUCCAGUAGGCAAUUCCAGCUUUUAGUUUAUGCGUGCAGGGAAUGAAGGGAAGUAAGGUAUCAUAUUGCUGAUUAUACUGAAAAAAUAAAAAUGGUGGCCGUGUGAACACGUAGUGAUAGCUUAUUACUGCUUAUACUUGUAAAUAUUGAAAUAUUUCGGUUGUUUCGGCAGUUUUUAUUGAAAUUUUUCAGCAUAAUCGGCAAUAUGAUACCUUACUUCCCAUCAUCCCCUGCACGCAUAAACUAAAAGCUGGAAUUGCCUGUUGAAUACUUUAAUUUAUAUGCAUAUUGUUUCCUUCAUUAUCAAUCUCAGCUACGUGAGUCCAAUAGGAACUUAUCCCGACACUGAACGUGCUAUUUGCGCCGUUGGACUCCGAAAUGUCUUAUUUAAUACCUAGCCGCGAGUUGAAGGCAGCGACAUAGCCCUAUAAAUCUAUUAUAACCUUGAUGCAUUGGUAUAGAUUUGUAACUUAAUAUUACUGUUCAUAACCGACUGCUUAUUAAUAACUAACAAGUUUACAAGAAUAUACUCAAAACAGUCUGCACCUUUUUUUAAUUUAGAGCGCGAUGUUUAUCUUAUAUGCGCUAAUUAUAGCAGGAUGAUUGGCGUUUUAUAACAAGUGGCAGACACUCGAAAGGUGUUCAACAUGUUGGUUUAGUUCAUAACAUCCGCGUGUGAAUUUGUUUAUCUAAAACACAUUGAAUACCAUAUAUUCCUAUCCUGAAGAUAAAUGUUCUAGUGAUUUAGACGUUUAAAUUCUAUAUUAAAAGGUAAUCUUAUUGGACUUCGUCUAUAACGAUUUCGCGCAGGAAAGACGUCUGUUUGGAUCAAUUUUGCAUAUUCAAGUUCUAAUUUCAACUGUUGCCAGAUCUGACGGAAAGCGUCGACAAGUUCAAAAUUUCUGGUAUUCAAACUAAUGAGAGAAAAAAUGGAUAGAAUUCGAUGAACAUUUUUCAAAACAUUGACCCUUUCCUUUUAUAUACAUAAUUGAGAAACUGUGGAAAAUAUGCAGACUUACUGGAGCUCAUGUCACUAUAAAAAACAGAAUAAUGAUAAUAUUCUUUUUGUUUAAAGAUAUUUAUGCGUUUGCCCCAAGAGCGAUAUAAGCUCAUCUAAGCCGAUAUAAGUUCAUCUAAUAUUCCAUCAUGCAAUGGUACAUAUAGGAUAUUUAAAUUUUAAUGCAGAAUCAUUCACUUAUGAUAAACUAAUUACCCUAACCUACAGUAAAACCAGCAAAAAUCUUGGUAAAUCGCGUGUUUUGUUAUUGAUUCGUCAUUCAUCGACGUACAAUAUAGAAAAGGAUAUUUUUUCCAAACGACUUAAAGCUGCUGUUAAUUUAAUCAUUUCCGAUAAUUAAAUAUGUUUUUAUAUUCACGUUAUAAUCUGCAUGCUAUAUAGAUUUUAAAGUUAAGUGCUUCAUUUUGCCGACAUCGUAACUCUCGAUAAGUCGCUGUAAGUGCGCAAUUUAAAAGCGAUUAAAUCUAUGGCAAUGAUUACGUUUUUAUUCACCGAUAAUCGUUCGGCGCACCAGUGACGAAUCUACUUUUAAAUUUGUCUGCCCAUCAAUUUAUCAACCUUGACAUUUUGGCUCAUAUUUAAUAUAAUUGCGUGAUGAAAGAUUUAACCUCCAAUCUUGAAUGAAUUAACAACAAUAGUAUAGGAAACGUAGUCUGCUAUUGAGCUAAUGAAAAUCUUAUUUUAGAUCACAAAACAAACAGCAAUGAUAUUUACCAAGGUUAAAUAUUCUUGUAGCGUAUCAUAUAUAAAUGUAGCAAUGAAUUUGACAUUACAUUUUUGACAAUUUAAACCGCAGUGAAGCACUCAUAUUUAUGUGUUAGCUGUCAAAUUAAAAUCAUCUUAUUCAUUAACGUUUAUAUCAAUAGAUUUGCAUCGUAUAUAUCGCUCAUGGGAUUAAAUAAACAGAAAUGUGGUUAAUUGGCUGAACAUUUCUCAAAAAACUUCAAACUUUAGAAUAGAAUUAAGCUUACGUUUGUACGAGACAAGAAGAUUAUAUUUGUAUUAUUAACUUAUACAAUCAUGUACCAUUGACGGUGCAGACAGCGGGAUCAUGUUACAAAUUAAGUCCGCAGCGAACUGAGAGGGUCGGCACGAAGCUCUAGGAAGAUGUUCUGUGAUUGGUUGAUUAUGACAAUGACAAAAGAAUAAUCCAUUGAAUGGAUUUUCUAAAGGACGAAGCAAGAACAAUAUUCCUUUUGUUUAUGUAAGCCAAUUACGUCUUUUGUCAUUGUCAUAAUCAACCAGUCACAAAACAUCUUCCUAGAGCUUUGUGUUUACUGAACUGAGAGAGUUACAAUUAUUGCUGAAAAAUAUCAGCAAAAUUUUGACGUUUCGAGCGAAGACCCUUCGUCAAAUUUCUACCCGACCUGCCGUGUAUAAAUAUACAUAUAUUGUACACAUACCUGAUUUUGAUUAUAAUGUUUUAUAACAGUACAACAUAAUAACUAAAGCAUUCACAUCUACGAACAACAAGUUAUGAUACAAGAACAUUUAAAAGCAUUUAAAAACUCAUUAAUAAUUCAUGAGGAAAAUACAAAAGAAACGAAUGUUUAAUCAAUGUUUAUCCGUAAUCGGAUAAAGAUUUGUCCUGAUUUACAUAAACUUUAGCUUUGAUUUUCUCGGCUUGGACAAUGUUUAUUUUUAAAAUUACUUCGCCAAUGAACCCAUACGAUGGGUCGUUUUAUGCUCAUGUUUUAACUGGUAGCUACUUAAAACAAAUUAUUUUCCAAAUUCCCUUUCAACGUCAAAAACAGUUUUAAAGCAUGUCCAUAUAAUAUUUUUGUAGGCUGACUUCAGUGGCGAUUGAGUAGAAUGAUUUAAUAUCUUCAGACUGCAGAUUGGAGUUGUAUUAAUAUUAUUGCGUUCAGUCAUGCGCAAAAAUGCAUUCGGUUCAAUUUUUUUGAUAAGGGAACUCGUACGGUUAUUGCUCGGAAUUCGUCAACGGGUUUCAUGCUUUCCAUGCAUGUGAAUCUGAAAUGCAACUAAAUUCGCACAAAAUUUUACUAUUGUUCCAAAUUCAUCUGGUUCCGGUCGAAACCCUGCACAACUCGGGUUACAUUUUUGAAGUGGAAAUGAAUCAGGGGAGAUGAGAUGGAAUUUUGAAGUGAGGAAUUUGAAGAGAAUUCUCACUAGCCUUAUUGAAUUGUUCGAUUUCCACUGAUUUUUCCUUAUAUUAGUAUUUCUGAUCAUGAUGUGGAAUUUUGAAAUGGGACUUUCUUUCGCGGAAUAUUUUGGAGGUUUUCAAAACGCGUUGUACUGAGAAUUCUAAACUUUCAUUGCUAAGAAUUUAACACGGAUGUUCGUCUAUUCUUGUAACGUUAUUAUUUUUGUGUGAUUUUACGGAAUUUUUCACGUUUUCUGUCGAAAUGUUGAACUUUCUGUCAUAAUUUCCCCUCGUCAACUGCACAUACUGAUGAUUUUGUCCGCCUGCCGCAAAGAGCCACAGAAGAGCAGUUUGGAAACUGUGUAAGACAAAAUAUCAAAGAUAAUGAAGCUGCAAAUUUGAAAGUUUAAUCGUCUGUUCCGCGCCAAUUUAUUAUCAGUAUGUCGGUGAAGAAAUAUGAAAGAUUUAAUCGUUUUUCAAUUGCGCAUUUAUUGCGAGUCAUAUAAGGAUAUCGACCCAGCAAAUAAGACAGAAAGAAAAUUAUGUCUGGCAGAUUAAUAUCUUAUAAUUUAAUGCGAAAUAUAUGGACUCAUUAAUUGAAAGUUACAUCAACUGUGCAACACAUUGUCGUACAUUAAUUUCUUAUAGAGUGAAUGUUUUUGAAAAUGAACAGAUGCUUGCCUCUAGCCAUAUUGCAAUUACGACAGGUUAAGAUGUCAUGUAUAUAAAAGGAAACUACCAAAGUCUGGAAUUAUUUUUUUAUUAAAUUCCCUCGAUUUUUCUUGGACCAUUUUGAAUACCUUCUAUAUUGGGAUUGUUGGCGUUUAUUGUUAGAUAUGCGUGGUAUUUGAAACUAUAUAGUAUGUGAACCGAUCGUAUUAAAGACGCUGAUAUGCGACAAUCUGACCUGUUUUUCCGCAAAUGUAUAGUUAUAAAGUUGAACAAUAAUACUGUAGGUUAGGCUAAUGAGAUAAAGUAUUUGCAUUAAAUUUCGGACUUUAUUUAAACAUUUAUCUUUGAGACGGCUUAUGUAUGCAGGUAUUCAGUUGUUUUAAAUAAACAAAUUCACGUGUGGAUGUUAUGAGAUUAAACCAACGUAUUAAACACCUUUCGAGUGUCCGUCACUUGUUAACGCGUAAGGGUGACAUUCCUUUUAAAUGAAAGGAAGACCGCUAAUCGUAUUUGAAGGUAAGCUCUACAAGUACACACUUGCACUGUAGUAAAUGAAAGGUUAGCUAAUAAAGUUUCUUCUUUUAUAAAAUAUGUGCAUGUUGUAUAAUAACAACAGCAACCGCAACAACAGCAACAACAGCAGCAGCAGCAACAGCAACAGCAGCAAUAACAACAGCAACAGAAACAGCAACAGCAACAACAGCAACAGCUGCAACCACAGUAGCAGUAGCAGCAGCAACAGCAACAGCAACAACAACAACAACAACAGCAACAGCUGCAACAACAACAACAGCAACAGCUGCAACAACAGUAGCAGCAACAGCAACAACAGCAACAGCAACAACAAACCUAUAAAGAGAAAAACCGUACAGUUGUAUUUCGCCUUGACAAAUAAUCUCUCUAUGCCCAGAAGCUAUCAGGAAAAAAGUGCUGUGUUAUCUGUAGUUUGCGUAUUCUCGCACAAUCAAGAUAAUUUGCUUGUUCAUUUUUGUUUUUAUAUCAAGGCGGAAUAUGCGUCAAAAAGAUUAUUGCGUCUUCACGGAUGAUCCGCCUGUCACAUAGAUCGACAAGUUAUUUCUCAAAAAAUAUCAGAUAAGCUACAAUUCUAUUAAAGUCUUUGUUUUAAACGUUUUCUUGUUGAACAUUUUGCUUGUUGACAUAUGAAAAAUUUCUCACUGACUCCAAAUAUGUUGCGCAGUUGGUUAGAGCGCCUCAUCGCGGGAUCGCAACGCCGCAGGUUUGAUUCAUGCUUCAGGUCCUAGUGUUUUACUUUUUCGCAAUCGUUCCUGGUUAGAUCUUAAAUUGUGUAUAUACAUGCUCACUUGGUUUAUCCACCAACCUCAGCAAUAUCUGGCAAUAGAUAAACUGCUAUUCGAAACAUAAAACGGUUUUCAAAAUCUUUCUAUAAAUGCUAUACCUUAAUCAGUAGGUCGCCAGUCCGAAGAUUUAGUCCCGCUAUGCAAAUAUGUUCGUGUUCAUUGACUGUGAAAGCAAACAAUUUCCACAGAAAUGAAUAACGAUAAUAAUUUUUGAAUUUGCAUAGUGGGACUAACUUAUCGGGCUGGCUACGCCACUGAUCACCUUCUAAUAAAUGUUGAAUAUUUCUCGUGCAAAUAUUUCUCGAAUGAUUUUCCAACGGACGCAACCAGAAAACAGAUGCGGUUUAUUAUUCAUUGUGUAACCAAUUCUCAUGCAACAUGUAGGGGAACGCCCUACACCCAUUCCUGCUGUAUUUGCAUCUUUGGAAAUGUUACUUCCUAUAAAAUAAAAUAAAUUAAAUUGAUUUUUAAGAUAUUUUCCAGUAUUCCCAUAGUGCGCAGAAUUUCUUGAGAGGAAGUUUACUCUUUGAACGACAUCAAUUUCAGGCUCUUUACGGGUUGUGGGAGAUGUUUUUGGCGGCUUUGUGGGAGAUGUUUUUUAAAUAAUUUAGCAAUGGUUGUUUACCAGCGUGAUCACGUCGUGUCAAAGAGUGCUGUUAAUCAGCUUACGACAAGAGUUUACCACAGGACGAUGGCAUUUAGUUUACAUUGCAUUAACCCCAUAUAUCACUUCUGGUUGUUUUCAACAUGAGGCAAUUUAAGGAGUUUACUAAAUCUCAGAAACUGAAUCCAAAUGUCCUCGAGUACAUUAUAUGCCGCUAUGGUGAUAAUUUAUGUCGGGCUUACCGAUCAACAGUAAACAUUAGCUCAAACAGACAUUGUUUAAAUGAACUGAGCGAAAACUAGCACUGGAUGGAGUAUCGUUUUGCACCCGACGAGCCAAUUUUGAAGCUGGAAUGUUUAAAUGUGAAGUUUUUCUUAAUCCUUACAAAUCGAUCGUUAAUUAAGUGCCCAAAGUGGUUUUCUAUCAAUCUAAUUACGAUAUCGAACACCUCUUCUAGGGCCAGAUAAUUAGACUAUUCGCGGUCAUACGGAUGGUUUGGAUCCGGAAUUAGGGAAGCGGAGAAAAGGAUAAAACGCGGAAAAAAAGAUUAAACGACGAUAUUUGCAUUUUUUGUCAUACUUGUGUGACAUCAGUAGUUGUGUGUUCACUAUCAAAUUUACUAGAAGUGGAAUAAAAGGCAACUGAUCACCUAUUUCUAUAUCUAGUCAAUACUUGUCCUUUCCCAUCAAUAACCAGAAUCAAGAGUUCGGCUAAUAUUUUAAAAACGCUACGUAUGUGGCGGUAACACGGCCCCCAGUCGGUUCAAUUACUGUCGAAAUAGCAGCUACACUAUCCAGUUCUAGCUUUCAGGCCAGUGUUAAAAUAUCCAUUCCAAGAGCUUAAAACUGGAAGCCAUUCUUGAAAGGCCAACCACAACUAGUAAACUUUCUAGCAGCACAUUAUACAGUAUUAAAUAAAGUACUUUGAGAGAUGGAAAACAUUUUCUCCUCACAUUUUCCCAUUGGUAAGAAAGGAUUAAAUUAUUGCCUAAAAAUUGAUAACUGGCAUCCAUUUUGUUUGCACACGUUAAGAUGCAAGGGUAUUCAGAUACGGAGGAAAGUGAGAUAUAUUACAACUGGAACAAGGAAAUUUGAUGCAGACAUAUAUAUAGAGGAUAUUAUACACGGUGGCUCGAAGAUAUGACUUUUUAUUGUGAGUAAAAUAUUGCUUUUAACACGAGAAGAUAAAAGUCAUCUUCAAUUAGCCAACAUGUAUAAUGUUCUGUUUAUUAUAUAGUCCCAAGCAAAAAAUUGUAUGAAUAUUAAAAGUCACGUAAUCGAUAUCUUUAAUUACUAGUGAAGAUAUGGAAAACAUCUCACUGUGUGUUUUACAGUAUCUCACCCUCUACUAUAUAUAAUAAAGUUCAUCUUGCUCCACUUUCAUGAAAAAUAUGUGACUCUAAAAUGUAAAAAAACCAUCCAUUAUGUUUUAUAACUAUAAUGAUUUAUAAAAACUUUGUAACCAUCAUGAUUUAUAGAAACAUUCAGAUGAAAUAGAUAUGGCAGAGAUAGUUUUUAGUUUCUUUGCAAAAAGUGCAUGGAAGGAACAAUAAGGCGAACCAUUACUUCAGCAGAGAUGUUAUAGAGUAAUCGUUAUUAUGUCAAUCUCUAAUUCAAAAUUUUGGAUAUUGGAGUAGUAGGAAACACGGAUAGCGUUAUCCACUGGAACUUUUCAACCUUUGUAGAAUUACAUGUUGAUUGGUAUAACCCGCAUUAAUCUUUAAUAUGUAUUAAUCAAAGAUUUUUAGUGAUUGCUAGGUAUCUGUAAUUUUCUAAAUUUUAAGGAACUUUUCAACGUUUAAAUAAAUCAUUAUCUUGUGGAUAACGCUUCUGGUUUACGUACAACCGAUCCACACGAUGUUAGUUAGUCGAGUAUUACGAUAUUACAGCAAAUGACUAAAUGUUUAUUUUAUUUUCAAUGUAGUUUUCCAGUGCCACUGUAAUGACGUGAUCAAUUUUGACCUUCAAAAAGGGAUUUUUUCUGGUUCCAGUCCCUUUGUAACUAUUCUCUCUGGACCAACCACUGGAAAGGACCGCAGAACAUGCGAUAGUCAAGUGUUAGUGCGGAUCGACUUCCGUGGCACGGAAAAACCAGUGCGUUUCACGUUCCAGUACGGAGAAGAGCCAAAGGGUUGGACAUUUGUGCUCUCAGAUUGUCCAAAUGAUUAUGGCUUUGGUGGAAAUUUUAAUUAUUCCAGUAACUGUGCAUCUACGCAAAUGAUUAACCGUCAGUUACGAGCCUACAGUAGCCAACUACCUGGGUAUAUUAAAGAAACUGUUGAUGGCCACACUCUUAUGAAG